UUGUGUGAAUAAUUUCUCAUUUUGUCAUUGUUCCGAGAGCGAUACUGGUGCGAAAAUAAAAUUAAUACGCUUAAAUAAUGGUUAUACAACAUGUUUCCGCCAAACUUAAUGUUUAGAGCCAGUGCGUUUGUGCUGAUUGCUGUGCUAUCUUGUGCGGAUUGUCAAAUAUGUAGUAGAAGAGUUCAUUUAUUACGCUGGGUGCGGGAGACUUACAUGCAAACUUAUCGGGAAUCUUAUAACGGUCAUUGCUUUUUCCGUUGCACCAAAUAUCGUACGCGUUCGUACCAAGCUGUAAGGACGGUGCCGAGAAACGUCGUGGAGUUUAGAGAUGAGUGUUGUCUUGGUUAUUAUCAAGCGGAAAGCCCUUCUAACCAGAUUAAAUGUGAACCGAUCUGCAGACCCUCAUGUCAAAACGGCUAUUGCAAAGCCCCUGGCCAAUGUGCUUGCUACGAAAGAUAUCAGCUCGCAAACUACAUGUGCUAUCCUAUGUGCGAUAAAAGUUGUGGGCACGGAAAAUGUGUGGAGCCGAAUAAAUGCCAAUGUGAUUUUGGAUACCAUUUGCAAAAUGACACUUGCGAACCGCGUUGUACUGAGCCUUGUGUCAACGCGACGUGUAUCGCUCCAGAUACAUGCGAAUGCCUUGUUGGAUACAGAAAAAAUGAGAACAACCUUUGUCUGCCAUACUGUUCCAGCGGAUGCCCUCAUGGAACUUGCGUGAGUCCAGAUAACUGCAGCUGUGAUGAUGGUUGGUAUAAAAAGGAAAAUGCUUGUCUACCACGUUGCGACACUGAGUGUGGAGGCGGUAGUUGUAUAGCUUCUAAUGUUUGCGAAUGCUUCCUUGGCUAUGAGAAGACGGAAAAUGGAACAUGUACACCUUAUUGUUCAAGUGGAUGUUUCCAUGGAACUUGUGUCAGCCCAGAAAAUUGCACUUGUAACAAUGGGUACCGAAAAAAUUCAGAGGAUGAGGUUUGCUCACCUGUUUGUGAUUUUGAUUGUGGUGUAGGUGGUACAUGUAGCGGUCCAAAUGUUUGCGAUUGUCACUUUGGAUACGAAAAAUCAGAAAACGGAUCCUGUAUUCCUCUCUGCCAUAGCGGAUGUGUUCAUGGAACUUGUUUCACCCCGCAUAUCUGUACUUGCGACAAUGGAUGGGAAAAAAAUGUAGAAAAUGAUACCUGUGAACCAGUUUGUGUUGUCGCUUGUGGUGAAGGUGGUACAUGCGCUGGUCCAAAUGUUUGUCAAUGCCACAGUGGUUAUAAACCACAUAUUAAUGGGUCCUGUAUACCUCAUUGCUCUAAUGAAUGUCUCCAUGGUACUUGUGUUGGACCCGAAAAUUGCUCCUGUGAUAUUGGAUGGCAUAAAAAAAUCGACGAUGGUGCAUGUUACCCUGUUUGUGAUCCUAGUUGUGGCGAAGGCGGUACUUGUAUAAGUCCAAAUGUUUGCCAAUGCAACUCUUCUUAUGAAAUAACAGUGAAUGGGACAUGUGCACCUCAUUGUUCUAAAGGUUGUCCGAACGGCAUUUGUGUACAACCAGAAUUGUGCCAAUGUUUGGAAGGCUGGAGCAAGAAUGAAUUGGGGGAUUGUGAACCUAACUGUGACAAACCUUGUGGUAAUGGUACGUGUAUAUCACCAAAUAUAUGUCAAUGUUUCAACGGUUAUAAGUUAGAUGAAGAUAACUUAUUUGAUUUUUUCAAUGAAUCGCUGUGCAUUCCUGAAUGUAAGGGAUGUAAUGGAACAUGUUUAGCGCCAGAUGUAUGCAGUUGCGGUGAACCAUUUGAAGCAAAGUAUGUUUCAAUCAAUGGCGGAGAUUGUAAUUGCGACACGAACUGUUCUGAAGACAGUAUUGAAUGUGACCAUAUUGUUUGUGUUCCAAAUGUAAAUGAUUGGCAAACAACCACUGAUGUGACAGAUGAUAAUCUCUCAAAUGCACCAUACCGUCCUAGCAUUCCUUACGGUGAUAAUGACGCAGUAACUGAUGGACCAGUCGAUAGUAAAGCUGUUACUGAAGAGUUAGAUGUAGAUGACAGCAUUACUAAAUCUAUCAACAGUACUGAAAUGAAUGAAAGCAGUUCUUUAGUAAAUUCUACGAAAAGUUAUUGGUCCCAAUACUGGAUAUACAUCGUUGUUUCUGUUAUAGUUUUAACAACAAUUUUAGGCCUAGUUUUAUUUUUGAAACGGAGAGCACUUUCGCAUUACUUUAACGGAGGCGCUUACCCUGUUGAAGAGGAAAAAGCAAUCGAUUUGUCGACAUCUUUUUAAUGAACCAAGAUCUGGAAUUCUGCCGUGAAAUCUCAAUUUAGAGCACCGUUAGUUAUACCUGUCACAAUGAAUACUUUUAGGGAGGUAAAGGAUCCUAGCUGGCUGUGUUUCUAAGGUUGAGAUCUAAAAGCGUUCUUUAACUUUGCUCAGAUUUAAGGCACUGUUAAAACGAGCAUUAUAUCGCUAACAUAAAUCU